GUUAAGCAAUAGCUUGUCCUUUGCCACACCUUUCAAUUCAAAUUAUUUGGCGCGGAAGGAUGGGCUGUUGUGGACAGUCCGAUGAUAUCGAUAUUGCUAAAAGACCACGCCUCACGGGUCCUGUACGCAACAGGUCAUGUACGGAUAUUCCCUGUUGUGUAGUAUUCGCUGUCUUCAUUAUUGGUUUCUUUGUUGUCACUUUGUGGAGUUUCGCUAUGGGAGAUUAUAGACGUGUUGUAUAUCCUACCAAUUCACAAGGACAAAUAUGCGGCCGCGAUGUUCCUGGUAAACCAUAUCUGUUCUUCUUCGAUUUGCAAAGUUGUCUCAAAUUGGGUCCAGCUUUAGUUGUUACUGGAUGUCCAACACCUCAGGUCUGUGUAGAGUCAUGUCCAGAUUAUUAUUGGUCUUGGAGAGGAUCUUAUGAUCCGCGGCCAUUUAAAGCAACCAGAGAUUUGAUGAUUUGCCUAGGCGGUGUCAAUGCCAAUGAUCCAAAGUUUGCAAGCGAGAGUAUCGAGCAACUGGUACAAGAUCGAAAGUGUGCCCCAUAUGUAUACCAUUCCAAACCAGUGCUCGGUCGGUGCAUGCCUAGUCAAUUGUCUCGAUUACUCAAAAAUGGUACUGGUGAAGUUCGUGGUGAUAGUGCUAAACGUAUGACCUUAUUGAAUGCAAACGAUGAAGUGGUGACUGGUGUCGAUAUGGUGAAAAGUCGAAAAUUAGUAUUGGGACUUGUGACAGUUUUUGAGAAAAUUGUCGCCGAUCUUCGUCAAACUUGGCAUGUUAUACUUAUAUGCAUUCUAGUAUCGGUGGUUUUGUCAUUCUGUUGGAUUGUUCUAUUACGAUGCUGUGCCACUAUUAUGGUUUGGACUACAUUGGUGUUAUUUGUGGCGUUAUUUACCUUUGGUACUGGAUUCUGUUUCUAUCGGUGGAAUGUGUUGCGUAAAACACCAGAGGGUUCUGCUGAUUUUGAAUUUUCUUUAGAUUUGGCAUCAUACUUUCGUUUAGCAUCAACAUGGCUUGCAAUGGGUAUUAUAUCUGCCAUCUUAUUGUUUCUCAUUAUUUGUAUAUUAAUAUUUUUACGCAAUCGUAUUCGAGUGGCUAUUGCAAUUUUGAAUGAAGCAAGCAAAGCAGUUGCAACUAUGACCUCUGUAUUAUUUUGGCCUUUACUUCCAUUCAUCUUGGAAAUGAUUGUCAUUGUUCAAGUGUUAUUUGUUGCCAUCUCCCUGCGUACAAUAGCUGAUCCUGUUGGCACUAAAAUGGUUGAUGUUGAUCCUACUGUCGAUCUAAGAUUUGAAGAUAAGGCUAGAAAAGAUAUAAAGGAAAUAUUUCAACUUAUUCCAUGUGAUCCAUUAUUAAACAAUUCUGCUGGCAAAGCCUGUCGCUUUCUCUAUUAUGGUGAUAGAAAAUACACUAUCUAUCUACAAUUGUUCAACCUCUUCAUGUUCUUUUGGUUAGUCAAUUUUGUCCGGUCACUUACUCAGAUGACUUUAGCUGGAACAUUUGCUGAGUACUAUUUUUCACGUCUUGAUCAAAAAUCAAUGUCAAAUUGUCCACUUUUAACAAGUUUCUUCCGAUCAGCUUUCUAUCAUAUCGGUUCAUUGGCGUUGGGAUCAUUUCUAAUCGCUUUGUUACAAUGGCUUCGUGCUGUACUUGAAUAUCUCAGUACGAAAUUAAAAAAAUCAGAUAAUCCUAUAGCGAAAUUUUUCAUCAAAUGUUUAUGUUGUUGCUUUUGGCUACUUGAAAAUUUUCUACGACUUCUCAAUCGAAAUGCUUUUAUUAUGAUCGCUAUCUAUGGUCAAGGUUUUUGUUCUGCAUCUCGUUCAGCACUGUCUUUACUAUCACGCAAUGUAAUCAGACUUAUUGUGGUCGAUAAGGUAACAGAUUUCAUCUUGUUCAUUGGAAAGCUUGUCGUUGUUGGUGCUGUUGUUGCUCUUUAUCUUUAUCUUCGUGGUGGUCUUGUUUGGUCACCUGAGUGUUUGUCAUCGAUGGGCGUAAGUACUACUAGUAGUACUAAUAGUAACAAUUGUAAUAGUGACACUUCGUUUGCAUGGUUUUAAGCGAUCUAGCUUUUAAUGGUUACAUCAUAUUCUAUGAUAAUGCAUGAACAUACAUACUAACAGCAGUGAUGUUGGAAUUCAUUCUCAUGUUUGUGUAACAUCUCCCCCUCACCCCCACCCAUACACCUCUGUGGUCAUUUAUCGUUCGUGAAAUUAGUUGUAAACGAAGUGUAUCCUUCCUUAGAUUAGAAGACUCAAUUCAAGUAUAGUUUUGAUGUAUGUUGUACUGUCUCUCAUUUACAUGUUACUCUUUUAUAAUAAUAACUCAUCAAAAAGUACUAAAGAAUCAUAAUACUUGCAUGUAGUCGUUGUACUUGUGUACAUCUCUUUUUAUAUAUGUAUGUAUGUGUAUGUUUGUGUGUGUGUGUGGAAAAUUACUUCUCUCUGUGUAUGCUUUUCAUUGGUUACAUCAUACAUACCAUAAUCUGCGGCUUUUCUACUCGAGUUUAUUUCAUCAUUUCAUUUCAUUUUCAUCAGGUGGUUUGGCUUAUACCUAUUUGGAAGGUACACUAUUUGGAGGGAAUAAACUUCUGAAUGAAUUAAAUCCUCCUAAUCUGCAUUAUGCAUUUAUACCAUUGUGUAUUAUUAUACUAGCCUCCUAUCUAGUCGCAACACUAUUUUCAAGUGUCUUUGAGAUGGGUGUGGAUACAAUAUUUCUAUGCUUCUUAGAGGAUUUGGAACGAAAUGAUGGUUCUGCUGAACGCCCAUAUUAUAUGAGCAAAAAUCUUAUGGAGAUUUUAGGUAAACGAAAUGUCCAACGUAAAGCCACAGGUGAUAAGGCUGACAUCUAGAUUACAACAAAAAAAACUAUAACUUCGAAAUUCUCAUUAAGUGAUUACUGAAUUUCUAUGCGCGGAUUAAUAUAUUUUUGAUUUCGACAGAGAUAGACGAAGAAAAGACGAUCAUAAUAUUCUGACGGAAAGCCAUAACAGUGUAGUUCUGGCUUAAAUCAUACUACUUACUGUACAAUAUAAAUAUAUAUUUUUUCGCGAGCAUAUUUAUAGACGCUUCCUUUGCUCAUUUUCUCUAUUCCGAAUUGCAAACGGACAUACAAUCUUCUUUUUGUUUGUCGAAAAAUGAUAUUUGCAUUUUUUUCUAUCUCACUGCUUUAUUUGUAGGAAUAUUCAACUUUUUAUUUAAGUACUAUCUACAAUUAUUAUUAUCACUGUCAUUUUAU